UUUUAAUUGACUUAAAAGUAGAGAGGUCCUCUGUCAUCACAGCCACCGGAAGCUGUCCGACUGUCGUCGCUGGAGUCUUGUGUUUCCUGUUUACUGGCGGGAAGAGCGAAAGAAACUGGACCAUCGGUCUGUUUUCAAAACGCACGUUGCUUUUUUUAUUUUUUAUUAGCGCAGUUUCAAUAAUUUAUGAUAAAUCGAAUUCCACGCGAUUUGGAUACAUAUAUUUGCUUGACCUGUGCCUACAGUUUAAAGGUAUUUGAAGCGCGAAACCGAUGGAGGAGCCCGCUGACUCCGUCGGUGGCGGGGCAGCACAGGGCCCCACCGCGCAAGUGGCAGAGAUCCGCUGCCCAAUGGCAGCGCGUCCUAUGCGGCUGCUGGAAUGGAAAGUCAAACCAGGGUCCCUCGUCAAUGUGGACUCUGUGUUGGCGUUAUGUGUUCCCAUCCCGCUGGAGAAAGAGGCCGGGUCUCAGCCGCCAGAACAUCCCAAAAGGCUGCCAGAGAAGAAACUGAAAUCGGACCGAGCUGGAGUGGUGAAGGACCUAUGUUGUCUACUUGGACAAGUCAUAUCGCCUGGGGGUGUGAUUGUCAGAGUAGAAGAAUGCUGCCAUCCAGUCGUGAUGAAGGGGCUGUGUGCUGAAUGUGGUCAGGACCUCACACAGAUGCAGAGUAAUAAUGGGAGGCAGCAGGCUCACAUCUCCACGGCAAACGUUUCCAUGGUGCACAGUGUCCCCGAGUUGAUGGUCAGCUCUGAGCAAGCGGAGCAGCUGGGCAGAGAGGACCAGCAGAGACUCCACAGGAACAAGAAGCUGGUUCUUAUGGUUGAUUUGGACCAAACCCUGAUCCACACCACCGAGCAUCACUGCCAGCGCAUGUCCAAUAAGGGAAUCUUCCACUUCCAGCUGGGGCGGGGGGAGCCCAUGUUACACACGCGACUGCGUCCGAACUGCAAAGACUUCCUGGAGAAAAUCGCCCAGCUCUACGAGCUGCAUGUCUUCACUUUCGGAAGCCGCCUCUAUGCACACACCAUCGCAGGCUUCCUGGACCCUGAGAUGAAGCUGUUCUCCCACAGGAUCCUGUCCAGAGACGAAUGCAUCGACCCCUUCUCCAAGACAGGGAACCUGAGGAAUCUGUUCCCGUGUGGAGAUUCGAUGGUAUGUAUUAUAGAUGACCGGGAGGACGUGUGGAAGUUUGCUCCCAACCUGAUCACUGUGAAGAAGUACAUCUACUUCCAGGGCACAGGAGAUAUCAACGCUCCGCCCGGGUCUAAAGAGGCCCAGCAGGCAAGGAAAGCCGGCAGCCAGGCCAGCCGACCGGCAGAGGCCUCGGGAGCAGCAGUAACGUCAGGGCCUACAGCGUAUGGGGGGUCGUCUGCGUCAGAGGAGCUGAGUAACGGCUGUAAGAAACAGCGGGCUAAAGACCACAACAACGGAGGGAGGGUGGAGUCAACAGCCCCCUCAGCCACUCAGAAAGCAGCAGCCAAUGAACGGACUCAACCGGGCAAGGCUGUGGAGAAGGGUCAGGGCGUGGGGGCCGAGGCCAGCACGGCAGCACAGGUGAGCGACAGGACGAAUGUAAAAGAGGCGGUGCAAGGAGAGGAGGAGGAUGGCAGCAGGACAGUGGGCUCAGGGGAGGAAGCUCCUCCUACAUCCUCCACUCCUCCAGACCUCCAUGAGCCCAACAGCAACCUGGACUUUGACCUGUCCAGCGACUCUGACUCUGUUACGUGUAAACCACCCUCAUCAGACAGUGAGGGGGAGUACAGCCAGACCAGGAAGUCCAAAGAGGAAGUGGCGGAGCAGGCGGCACUAGAGGAGCCAUCAGGCAGUCCUGGAGGAAAGGAAGAGGGGGGUAUUAAGCAGAAGCGCACCGGGGAGAACAGCUCCGAGGUAGGAGGGGAGACGUCUGUGCUUGUCCUCCCUCCUGAGCAGGGGAACGGGCGCUCAGAACGGAGGAAGGCUGAGCCAGAGUCCCAGAACAGUGAACAGUCAGGAGUCACCAUGGAGGAGGUGGACAAGGAUAACCACCUCAUCUACCUACAAGAGGUGUUGGAGCGUAUCCAUAGGGAAUACUACGCCCGCUACAACGCCUUCCUCGGGAAGGAACGCCCAGAGACGCCUGAUAUCAGGAAGAUCGUCCCGGAGCUGAAGGCCCGGAGCUUGGAGGGCACCACCAUUGUGUUCUCUGGGCUGUACCCCACCAACUACCCCAUGGAGAGAACCAGGGAGAACUACCACGCCAAGGCCCUGGGAGCAAAGAUGGGAAAGGACCUCCUGCUCAGCUCAAAAGACCCUGGCAGAACCACGCACCUCAUUGCUGCUAGAGCAGGUACAGAGAAGGUGCGUCAGGCCCAAGGCUGUAAACGUCUCCAUGUGGUGAAUCCUGACUGGCUGUGGGGAUGUCUGGAGCGCUGGGAAAGGGUGGAUGAAUCACUGUAUCCACUGAAGGAGGACUACACCAAGACCCAACGGAGCAACAGCCCAGCCACGUUCCCUGACCACCAAGGAUCCUUCCAGAACCCCCUGUUACCCCCCGCCCCCCUCCACCUCCCCCCUCCAGCUGCCCCUGAGGUGCGGACGUACGACCCGGUUACGGGGAAGCUGAUUCGCCGCGGGCUUCAUGCCUCCAGACCACCAUCUUACCUCCAGGCCUCCAUGUCUGCUGCCCACGGGGACCAGACAUCCCUGAGGGGGGGUCAGAAGGACCAGCAGGGGGAGACGUCGGGUCCCUCCAGUCGAGACGAGGAGCAGCCUGGACCCUCCUGCCGCCGGAGGGAACGCCAGCCCAGCAUGUCAGAGACCAACCCUCUCUACACAUUCUGUAAAGAAGACCUGGACAGCAUGGAUAAGGAGGUGGACGACAUGCUAGAUGAGGAGAGCGACGAGGAGGGAGAAGGCCGGGGGAAGAAGACGAUGGAGGAAGUAGAGGGGCAGCGGCCAAAGGGUAGUGGACAGAGCACUGAGGAAGAGAAGCACCACCAACGGCACCAGCUGAAGCAGCACCAUCACCAGCUGCAGCAGCAGGGUCUGGCCACCGUUGAAGAGGAGACGGAGAAAACACAGACGCCAACUAGUGACCAGGGCGGUACGACGACGGCGGACAGCGUGCCAAGGGGACAGAAGCGCAAGCUUGCUGAGGCCAAGGAGGAGGAAGAGGGGGAGUCGGCGGACGAGUCCACCAAGGAUUCUAAUGAGGAAGAGGAAGGAAGCAGCUCAGAGGCUGAUGAGAUGGCCGCUGCCCUGGAUGCGGAGCUCAACGACUUCAUUUGACACGGAUCAAUUUGAUUGGACAAAUGAACUGGGCAUUUGAUUGGACGUUUGUGAACGAUGCGUCACAGAAACACUCUAAGUUACCCCAGCAGAUUUACGUCCAGGUGGUGCCUGAACCUUUGUCUCUACGCUGUGUGCCGGUGUGUGUGUGUGUGUGGAUGUGUUUUAACGAGGUUGAAUGUGUUGUACAGAAUGAAAAGGUAGGUUAGUACAGUAGGAAAACGUCGGGGUGUAAAUAUAGUUGUAGAUCAUUUUUAGGGUUAAUGUAGAAACUUUCGACAGUUGUUUUAUUGUAAGAUAUAAAUAGGAGAGAUUUUGGCUAAUUUAGUAUUACUUGAGUUUGUUUUCAUAUUAAGACUUUUAUAUAAAUUCAACAAAUUACUUAAAUAAUUGGUCGUAUGAUGCCAAAGAGUUUGAACUAGGCCAAUCAAAGCCUGCAGCUAAACAUUUUACUCUGACGUCACAUCCUGUGUUCCUAUUUCCUGUUGUUUUUUAGGGGUUAAUCAUUAAAACAUUGUUACCAGCAGAAUGACUAAGACGCCUGAAUGUGUCCCAUUGGAUCUUUUCCUCUGUUCUUCUUUACCGUGGCGUUGGUACCAGAGCCAUAUAUAGAGAUCGAUAUGGAUAUAUGACUCUGGUUGGUACCUUUAUGAAGUCAACUGAGCUAUCUGAGACAAACACCCAGGAUGCACUGCAAUAUCAACAUCUUCAUUAUACAACCAUUAGUUAUCACCAGUUUAUCUUCUGGCUGAAAGCUCAAAGCAGGAAGUAUAUACGCUGCACUGUGGCAGCAGUCCUGGCUCUACCAAUGAGCUGUGCUUGUCCUCCUGGCUCCACCAAUGAGAGGUGCCGGUCUUCCGCAGUGCUUGUCCUCCUGGCUCCACCAAUGGUCUUGAUCAACCUUUCCAACACCAACUUCAAAAGUUAACUGGUCGAGAGAGAGGAUGCUAGUGCCCAAAAGGCCAUUCUGACAUGGGCAGUGACAUUGAUGACUUUCACCAUUUUAAAGUACUUAGCUGGGUGGGACUUCCUAUGGGUUAAGGAAGGAUCACAUAAUUCCAUCCAACUCCUCAGUAGGGAUCAGCCAAUGAAUUACACUUGUGAGCAAACAUUCCAUAACUGCAGGUGGUAGUAAAUCGCCACCUUUGGCUUUAUACCUGUUCAAAUUAUUUUGACAUAUACAAUUAUUUUACACUGCGCAAAUUUCCCUAAUGUGGACAGUUUGUGUUGCUACUUUACACAAGCUUGCAUUUUCACUUCUUAACAUUUUGUGGAAUUACACGUCCUUUUUACAUCAGAUUGGUGGUGAUAGUAUAAAACGUUAUAGUCAUCACGAGGACAUAAGAUAAAUUGCUUAAAACAAAUAAAUAUCUUUGAUUUUAUACUGUUGAUUUUAUCACACGCACUGCCGAGUGCAGGACUUGCAGAGUUAAUUUUCAAAUUCUUAAAUGCCAUAAAUCGGUCUCUCUAAAAGUAGCUGGCCACACACCAAUACAUGGAUUUGACAGUCAAACUAUCACUUAAAUAGCAUCCAACCAAUAUUUACUAUGACGCGUCGUGAAUCAUUGAAGUUAACGGAAAAAAGUGGUUUUCUGCCUUUUCCUUGAUGGCAGCCUCCUGAAAUGAACACCCGAUAUUCCAAGGUAUAGAUGUAAGCCUUCUACAAGUUCUCAUCUAACCAAAUAUGUACAGUGCCUUGAGAAAAUAUUCACACCCCUGGACUUCACAUUCACACCCCUCCACAUUUUGUGUUACAGCCUGAAUUUAAAAUUGAUUAAAUUUAGAUUUUUUUUGUCACUGGUCUACACCCAAUACCCCAUAAUGUCAAAGUGGAAAUGUUAACAAAUGUAUUAAAAAUGAGUUCAAAUCCUUUGAGUAAGAGUUCAAAUCCUUUGUUAUGGCAAGCCUAAAGUUCAGGAGUAAAAAUGUGCUUAACAAGUCCCAUAAAUUGCACAUAAGUUACAAAAAUAGUGUUCAACAUUAUUUUUGAAUGACUACCUCAUCUCUGUACCCCACACAUACAAUUAUCUGUAAAGUCCCUCAGUUGAGCAGUGAAUUUCAAACACAGAUUCAUCACAAAGACCAGGGAGGUUUUCCAAUGCCUCGCAAAGAAGGGCACCUUUUGGUAGAUUGGUAAAAAAACAGACAUUGAAUAUCCCUUUGAGCAUAGUGAAGUUAUUAAUUACAUUUUGGAUGGUCUAUCAAUACACCCAGUCAUUACAAAGAUGCAGGAGUCCUUCCUAACUCAGUUGCCAGAGAGGAAGGAAAGAGAACUGAGGAUGGAUCAACGUUGUAGUGACUCCACAAUAGUAACCGAAUUGAAAGAGUGAAUAGAAGGAAGCCUGUACCAAAUAAAAAUAAUACAAAACAUUAGUCCUGUUUGCAAUAAGGCACUAAAGUAAUACUGCAAAAAUAAGACAAAGCAAUUCACUUUUAGUCCUGAAUACAAAGUGUUAUUUUUUGGGCAAAUCUAAUACAGCACGUUACUAAGUAAGUACCACUCCAUAUUUUCAAGCAUAGUGGUGGCUGCAUCAUGCUAUAAGUAUGCUUGUAAUCAGUAAGGACUGCAGAGUUUUUCAGGAUAAAAAAUAAUUGAGCUAAGCACAGGCAAAAUCCUAGAGGAAAACCUGGUUCAUUCUGCUUUACAUCAGACACUGCGAGAUGAAUUCACCUUUCAGCAGGACUAUAAUCUAAAACACAAGGCCAAAUCUACACUAAAGUUGCUUACCAAGAAGACAGUGAAUGUUCCUGAGUGGCUGAAUUACAGUUUUGACUUAAUCUACUGGAAAAUGUAUGGCAAGAAUUGAAAAUGGUUGAUCAACAACCAAUUUGACAGAGGUUGAAGUAUUUUGAAAGUAAUAAUGGGCAAAUGUUGCACAAUCCAGGUGUGGAAAGCUAUUAGACUUACCCAGAAAGACUCCCAGCUGUAAUUGGUGCUUCUACGAAGUAUUGACUCAGGGGUGUGAAUACUUAUGUAAAUGGUUAUUUCAUCUCCCCCCUCUCACGCGAUUGUUUUCAACAUGAUAAUAUGAGUGAUUGAUAAAACAUUGUUGCGUCUCUGUAGCUGACUGUGUUCUGGUUGUCAGUGAUGUAAACAUUUCUCCGCUUCUCCCCCACACCUAAGUGGGUGUUUUUUAGGUUAGUUUAAAAAAAAUAAUAAUAAUAUGAUUACUAUUGUUGCACAUGCAUGUGUAGAUGCUUAGGUUUUAAAGAUAUCACAAAGGGUGUAUAUUGGUUAUUGAUUUGGGCACGUUAAAACUCUGUUUUGACAUUGGGCUAUUUAUUCAAAUGUCUUGUCAACAGAAAGCAGUGACAGCAUCAUUUUCAAUUGAUCUUUGAACUUUCAUUUCCAAUUGCACUUAAGGUACAAACUGCUGAAUACGUCCAAAAACGUGCUGUGAUUGAUUUAUUUUGAUGAUAUACCAGAAAUCACCAAAGCGGGUUUUCCCUGCCCACUCUUACACGGAACCCAAACCGGCUGCGCGCGCACGCUAUCGUGCAUAAAUGUAUUUUUCCCCCCCACACCAAAAGCGAUCACGACACGCAGGUUAAAAUAUCAAAACAAACUCUGAACCAAUGACAUUAAUUUGGGGACAGGUCGAAAAGCAUUAAACAUGUAUGGCAAUUUAGCUAGUUAGCUUGCACUUGCUAGCUAAUUUGUCCUGGGAUAUAAACAUUGAGUUGUUAUUUUACCUGAAAUGGACAAGGUCCUCUACUCCAACAAUUAAUCCACACAUAAAAUGGCCAACCGAAUCGCUUCUAGUCAUCUCUCCUCCUUCCAGGCUUUUUCAUCUUUGAACUUAUAUGGUGAUCGCAUAUAAACUUUCAUAGUAUUACCACGACCACCGGCAAAACAGUUCGUCUUUCAAUCACCCACGUGGGUAUAACCAAUGAGGAGAUGGCACGUGGGUACCUGCUUCUAUAAACCAAUGAGGAGAUGGGAGAGUCAGGACUUGCAGCGCGAUCUGAGUCAGAAAUAGAAAGGAGUUAUAUUUUAGCCCUUGGCAUCGCAGACGCUCGUUGGCGCGCGUGAGCAGUGUGGGUGCAAAAAUUUAAUAACAUGGAUUUCUAAAUUUAUUUAGUGACGCUCCCGCACGCGACGUGUCCGGUCUGGUCAGCAUGUUAGGUAGUGUUGGAAUCCAGGGCUGCGAUUGGUGAGGGGUGAGAGGUCAUGGGUCAGGAGUUAAAACGCUGUGCCACUGGGUCCUCACCCAGAACAUGAACUGCCACUGUACAGUGUCUCCUUAGAUUCUGUCACAUUAUUAACCUUAUUAGAUGGAUAAAGAUGAAAUAGUUUGUGGUUGGGACAUUCACCCCACCCUUGGUUUUCUCUAUUCAAUUUUUGUUUGUUGUUUUUAUUUUCAAUGAAGACUAUGUAAAGUAUUUAUAUAUUCUAUUUCAUACUUGACCUGACAGAAAAUACUUUUCAUUUAAUAAAGAUUUGUUUAUUAAUUUGUCUUUGAAA